AUGGGUACGAUUUCAAUUGCUGCAGCUCCGUGUCUGUUGCUGCAGCAGCAGAUGGAGCAGCAGCAGCAGCAGCAGGGCCCUGUGGACCUUCUAUGGUCCCGCCAGCUGCAGCAGCAGCAGCAGCAGCAGCGGCACCAGCGGCACCAGCGGCAGCAGCAGUGGCAGCAGCAGCAGUGGCAGCAGGAUACACCACGAGGACCAGAAAGGAGGAGGUCUAGUACAACACUAGAGUACCUCAUGCAUCAACAGCUGCAGCAGCAGCGGCAGCAGCAGAUGGAGCACCAACUGCAGCAGCAACUGCAACAACAGCAGCAGCGCCAGCGAAAGAAGCAGCAGCAGCAGCACCUGCUGCGGCAGCAGCACAUCGAAGGAGGGCCCAGCAACCACCCAUCAGCGCCAACGACACAAAGGCAUGCAGCAGCAGUAAAUGCAGCAGCAGCAGCAAGACAUGCGCAGCAAGCAGCAGCACUUAACAACAGUUUUGCUGAGGUUCACCGUACGCUGCAGCGAGCGAUCCAAAGGAAAACAGGCCAGCAGCAGCAGCAGCAGGAAAAACAACAGGAGCAGCAGCAACAACAGGACCAACAGCAUAUCGAGGAGCAGCAGCAGCAGCAGAAGCAGCAGUUCGCUGGGUAUCUUAGCGAAGCAGACGCCCGCCAUGACGAGGUGUAUCGGCAGCUCCUCAGCAACGGUGCCAGGCAGGCAGCUGCAGCAGCAGCAGCUGCUGCUGCUGCUAGAGCUUCAGAACAGCAGCAGCAGCAGCAGCAGCAGCAACAACAACAACAACAACAACAACAACAGCAGCAGCAGCAGGAAUCUCUAGGACUUGAAGGGACAUUCACAGCAAGCUGCUGCCCAUCUCCUGUUGCCAGCAGCCUCCAUACACCCAUAUCUGUUAGCAGAGGAGGGGGAGGAGGAGGAGCAGCAGCAGCAGCGGCAGCAGCAACAGCAGCAACAGCAGCAACAUCAGCAACAGCAGCACCACCACCUGCAGCAACGGUGGAGCAGCAGCAGCAACAACAGAGGAAUCUGCCGCCUAACCACGGACCGAACCAGGUGUCUCCUAUAUCCUCUGCAGCAGCAGCAGCAGCAGCGCAGCAGCCGCCUCCGCAGCAGCAGCAGCAGCAGCACGGUGCGGCACCUAUGGAGACACCCCUGUCUACUUGUUCUCGCCACUUAGCGGCGGACGUGGUGCUGCGGCACCAGCAGCAACAGCAGCAGCUGCUGCAGCAGCAGCUACGGCAGCAACGCAAUCAGCUUCUGCUACAGCAACAGCAACAGCAACAGCAACAGCAGCAGCAGCAGCAGCAAGUGCUCCCAACUGUAGCUCCCUCUAGGCCUGCAGGCCCAGCUUCCCUACUCCUCUCCGAACGCCGGCCGUCCUUGUGGCGGCAGCAACAGCAGCAACAGCAGCAGCAGCAGCAGCAGCAGAGAUAUUUCCAUAAUCAGCAGCAGCACCAGCUAUGCCCCUCUGCUUGUUACCCAUACCCGCAGCAGCUGGAGCAGCAGGAGCAGCAGCAGCAGCAGCAGCUACAGCAGCAGCAAAUACUAAAGCAAAAUAUCCCUUUUGCGCCACCACCAGCAACAGCAGCAGCAACAGCAGCAGCAACAGCAGCAACAGCAGCAGCAGCAGGAGCUCCUUUGGGAGGCCGACCUGUGCUGCCGCCCCAGCAGCAACAGCAGCAGCAGCAGCAACCGCAGCAGCAACAGCAGCAGCAACAACUGGUUCCUGUCCCUCGUCCGCCUAUACCUCUUCCAUUACUAGCCCGCAGCAACAGCAACAACAGCAACAACAGCAGCAGCAGCAACAGCAACAACAACAACAACAAUAACAGCAGCAGCAGCAGCAGCAGCAUGGGGUUUGAUGCCCAAGCUUACCUCCUUCGUGUAUAUUUAUUAGACAGCAGCAAUCGAUUAGAAAUCGCGUUGGCGUUAAGGGUUUCACUACCUCGUUUACGUAUAUUAUGGGAUAAAAAAGUGUCGCGAGAAAUUCAACAAUUUCAGCGACUGCAAAGAAAGAAAGAAGAGGCUGAGCAGAAUCAUAUAGCGGAGUCAGCACUUAGACAAAAUGCACUAAAGGAUGGUAAACCUGGAUCGUCUAAUCGAGGGGUUUGUACUAUUGAGGAUCUUGAGGAAGCGCAGCAGCAGCUGCGUCAUCAAGCUAAUCGUCUUAGGGUUUACAGGGCACGUAGAGGGGCUGUCUUAGGUGGUCUAAUACUGCAGCAGCUGCUGCAGCGGCUAGCAGCAAAGCAGCAGCAAGCAGCAAUUGCUCGUCUUAGAUCAGGCGGACCAUCAGAGGGGCAACUUCUUAAUCUUGCUGUUCAGAUGUUCCCCAAGAUAUAUGGAUUUGCUUCGUUAGGUUCGUUAAUCUCUGGUCAUCGUCGUCUGCAAUUAGCGGAUGCUUUUUACCGUUUACGUUUUGCUGCUGCUCUCUUUGCUGUGCUGCAGCAGGAAGCAGCAGCAGCAGAGGAAAGAAUAAAUAGGGAGAAGCAAAGAGCACAAGCAGAUGUAUGGGAUAUGCUGCAGCAGCAAGGUAGAUGCAGUACUGCUGCUUCUGCUGCUGCUGCUGCUUCUGCUGCUCCUCCUCAUGCUCCACUUGGUGCAUUUCCUUCUGCUGCUGCUGCUGCUGCUGCAGCAGCAGCAGCAGCAAGAAAUGGUAUGAAUGGAUGUAAGGCUAACCUACAGCUGCUGCUUAGUCCAAGUGCUUCAUACAGAUCACCGCAGCAGCAGCAGCUGCUGCUGCAGCAGCAGCAGCAACUGCAGCAGCAAGGGAUGCUGCCUACAAGACCCCUUUCCUCUCAUGCUCGUGGCUAUACACCUGGAGGAAGGCCCUGCAGUGCAUGCAUACCAGACGAGCAGCAGCAGCAGCAGCAGCUUAUGCACGAUACGCAGCAGGAGGGACAGCAGCAGCAGCUGCUGCAGCAGGAGCAGCAGCAUCAGCAGCAGCAGCAAGAUCGCAGGAAGCAUAAAGGUACUCAUCAUGUCCGUAGCAGCAGCAAGGGAUACAGCAACGACUGUCAAGGUUGCAGCAGCAGCAGCAGCAGCAGCAGCAGCGAUGUACAAGAAGCACAGUGUAUUCAUGAUUCAUUUGUUGACAGCCCCAUGAGGUCAUACUCCCCGCGCAUGCAGCAGCAGCAGCAGCAGCAGCAUAGACAGAGGAAGAAGGACCGUUGCUGCUGCUGCUGCAAGGGUAAAUCAUGUACAUCUGCUGCUGCUGCUGCUGCUGCAGCAGCAGCAGCAGUAUCUGAAUCAGAUACGAAUAAGAAAUUGAUGCGUCUAAUGAAGGAAGAGCAGCAACUGCAGCAGCAGCAAAUAAUGCUGCUGCACCAGAUGGAGCAGCAGCAGCAGCAGCAGCAGCAAAUGCUGCUAGAUCAGCAGCAAAUGCAAUUUCAACCUUUUGCUGCAGGAAGGACAAAUGUUGCAUAUUAUAGCGAAGGGUCCCCUAUACCCCCAUCAGCAGCAGCAGCAGCAGCAACAGCAGCAGCAUCAGCAGCAGCAGCAGCAGCAGCAAAUGGUAAUAAUUAUCCUACAGAAGAAGCAUCUAUAACACCAAGAGAAGGAUCUGUUUUCUCCUCUUCUUCUCUUCCUCCCUCUGGCUGCUCUAGUGAGCAGCAGCAGCAGCAGCAGCAGCAGCAAGAGUAUAUGCUGCAGCAGCAAGAGUAUAUGCUGCAGCAACAAGAAUACAUGCAACAGCAGCAGCAGCAGCAGCAGCAGCAGAAGCAACGGUUGCUGCUACCUAAUAAAAAUAAUAAACAUACAACAAUCUCUCCCCCUAAGAUAACUCGUAAACAACAACCCCACCAAUAUAACCACCGUCAGCAGCAGCAGCAGCAGCAGCAGCAGCAGCAGCAGCAGCAGCAGCAGCAGCGGCUGCUGCUGCCAUAUGAAUAUGACAGAAGUUCUACGCACGUCGUUAGUCGCUCUUCUGCUUCCUCACUAACUAGUCAUUAA